AGACUCACUCGUGCCUGGACUCCUGGCAAGCGUGCCUGGGAGGACUGGAAGCCUGUGAGGUCAUUGGGAGCUGCUGUCAGCAACUCUCAGUUCUCAUUCACAUGACUUUGCCUGUUUCCUUAGCUCUACCUGGUUCAGGAAGCCAAGUACUGUGGCUGGUGCUUGCAGCAGCACAGCAAGUGACCAUUUUUCAGCGUGUCACACCAACAAGAGGGAGUAGCUGCUGUCCCCAGCUCUGCUACAACACACAAACAUGGACACAGAGACAGAGUGGAACUGCCCCAUCUGCCGUGACAUUCCAGGUGAAAUCGCUUCUGUAACGCCCUGUGUCCACCUGUUCUGCCUGGGCUGCAUUGUGCGGUGGGCCAAGAGGAAACCAUCAUGCCCCCUGUGCAGGCAGGUUAUCAACAGCAUCAUUUACUCUGUUCGGUCAGAGGAAGACUUUCUGGAGAUAGUUCUUCCAAGCCCCUCGGACUCAUCAGCUGUUCACCAUCAGGAUGAGCAGGGGGCUGCGGAGCAGAUGCCCAGGGCUUACGUAGCUGGCUUCCCACCUGAGGUCUGGGCAGAUUUUUUCCAGGACUGCUCAGAAAUCCUCGAGCCCCUGCUGCCCUGGCUAAACCAGGAGCUAUCAGAGCUGCUCAGGACCCGCUGGUGGGAGGUGGCUCUGGCACAGAGUGCCAUCGUAGCCAAUUUGUGCCGCUAUGGGCUGAGGGAGGAGGCCUUGGUCCGGGAGCUGCACCCCCUGCUGCAGGAGCAGACGGCGGCAUUUGUGCAGCAGCUCAUCGACAUUGCCACUGAGAGGUGCAGUCAUGAGAUCCUGCGGCAGAUGAACCGCCUGAACUCCCAUGCUGAGGAGGAGGAGGAGGAGGAGGAGCAGGAGGAGGGUCCCACAGCCAUCCCUGACCCCUCUGCAUCCCCCCAGGGGACUCCCACUCCCACCCUGGCCUCCUCCUGCAGCCCUGUAGUCUCCAAGGUGGAAGCAGACAUUGGAACGUUGGAAGACACCCUCCGCGGGGGGCCCGGGCACUCUCCAUCCGUGCCCGUCCCUGCAGAGCGGGAGCAGCCCCAGGAGGGGCCCAGCACCAGGGCAGCAGCAGCAGCAGCAGGCCCCUCUGCCCAGGGCUGCAGCCGCAGCCCUUCCGCUCCUGGCCGGGACAGGGACUGCUUGCCCGAGGGGCCCCGGCGCCCAGCAAAGAGGAGGGCCUCUGGCCCUCAGGACUCUCCCCAGCUCCCGAAGAGGCCGUCCCGCCGGCGGUGGCGCGAGCCAAGAUCCCUUGAUUGUAGGAGAAGGAAAUAAAUGGUUGGCUGGUUGA